AUUGAUGUUUGGCGCUCGCACGCGAGGUCUGGGAAAAUUUUGAAACCACAACAAAGGAAGUCUGGAAUAGCCGAAACAUUCGAGAUUUCAGAUCAAGAUUGGUGCCAACGAUGGAAGUUUCAUCGUGUGAUCAGAUAGGGGUGCCCCCAAGAUGGACCAUGAACAAGACGUUAUUUGGAAUGUAUGGGACCAAGAGGAAAUCCAAUUUUAACCAUGAUGAGGAGCCACAUGAUCAGUUCUGUCCAGUUGCCAAGAAGGUGUGUCCCUCAACAGACCUUGCAAUGGAUGACGAUUGCCUUCCAGAGAUGCCACCCCCAGCCAUCACCAACCAACCAUUGACGCACCAAGUACCUCACAUGCCACCAUCAUUCCACCAACACGAAAGCGACCGCAUGGGACUGGACGAAGAGCCAGAGAAGCAGGACGCCCCCAAGUGGAUCUCCUGGCAGGAAGGCCGGUUGGCGAGUUGGUCAGCCGUUGUUCGGUCCUGCCAGGGUGGGGACAAUGCUGAUACGGACAGAGGGGUGACGGGGGAGAGUGGACCGUGCCAAGGGGGCGGGGAGGAGAGACUUGGGUGGGGUACGGAAGAGGAAGCACUGCAGAUGCUGCCAAGGGUCGAGAUUGACCGCUGGUCACCGACCCCUGAUGACAUCCAGAAGCAAUUAGAGAAACAAGUCCGAACUCCUGAACUUGCUCAGGCGAGGCAGGCAUCUCUACGAGCAAGGGUAGAUAAAUUACAAUCACAACUCCAGUAUAUGAAGUCUAUGGACGUUGAAAGCAACGACUACUGGGCGCUACCUCAAGAAAACCGUUUGAAAAUGGAGGAUGAGCUAGAGCAGGCUCGUAUUGCCAUGGAGUCUGACUAUGUUCCGGAUCCAUUCCAGUAUCAUUGCAGUGAUAUACCGGUACCGAUGGCUGGCCAUGAUACCGGUUCUGUCAACCAAGUCCGCUGUUACUGCAAGCCUAAUUGGGAGGGGAUGCUGGAUCCGAUAGGGUAUAUAUGAUAGCCCCCCAGCUGCCACGCCCAUUGCCUUGUGACUUUCACUUCCAAUUCAUAGGAUUGGUUUUAUGUCGACUUUAACUGUCAAAGUGAUUCACAAGCCAAAUAAUUCCAAGGGACAAGCAUGCCUUCAUCUCGUCAACUUUCCAAAGUUUCCGAAAUGACUAUCAUUCCACGGCUUUAGCACGAGCGGCAAGUUUCCAGCACUCACUCCUUGGAUGCAACCACUCAAUCCUGCCACGUACCAAUUCUCCCCUGGGUUGGGUGCAGCACAAGUAGGAUGAAUUCUUGCAGAUGGAAAAUAAGUGGUAUGGCUGGGAUCUGAACCUAGGCCCAUCGGUAUCAAAGACGAGAUCCAGGACCACUGGACCAAGAUGCUUCACUGGAGUCUCUUCAAGUACAUUCCGUUAUGUUGAAUUUUUGUGACAAUAUGUAGAUAGGAGUAUUCAUGUAAGGUUCCUUAUUUAAUAUGAAUAAAUUUUCAGUGUGCUGAUAUGCUGCAAGAGUGAAACAACAAUUGAAAAUGAUUGUUGACCGUUUCAAUUGUUUUACAUUUGGUCUGUCGGUCAACACCAUGAAAGUCUCCAUGUAGUCCCACAUGUAGACUAUCAUGGUCUUGGCUGAUUUAAACAUCAUAAAACAAUCUUUCAGAGUCAAAAAAGAGGGAAAUCUUCAAUUUUUGGUAGUUCGCUUCUAAAAUU